AUGCGCCAGCUGGGUCAUCUGCCCUUUUCCUGCAUCGGCUGGUCAGAGGGCGCCCUGUCAGCCAUCCGAGCAGCAUCGGAGUUGAAUAUGGACGGUCAGUCACAUUUUAAGUGACUCACUCUGCUGCUGCUGCUGGUGGCGCAUUUGCUUAUUUGUUGUUCUAGAAUGCGCAUAUUGUGGACACUGUCAAAUGGCCAGUUGCCUGGCCUCAUGAUUUGAUUACCUGUACUCCUUAGACACACACACACGCACACAGCGCGGUGAAUGCAACCAAACUAGUUCAAAUUUACCUCUGACUACUGUGAAAACCUGAAAGGACACAUCAAGAAACAGCCCUUUCAGCCUGACCUUCCGUUCUGGGAAGUACCGAGGUGCCCCGUCAAGCUGCCACUCCUAGUUCGUCAUGGCACAUUUAAGUGUGCCAGUUUUAUUUUAGUAAGGAAUGCUCCAGUUUCUACGCCAGUUCCUCUGUUUUACCUACUCGGCCAGUAUUCCAAAUACCUCCACAAAUUACCACAUUUUAAGGGAUUUCUCCUGUCUACCGAUUUUUCACUUCAAUGGGUCACUGAAUGCUCUCCUAGACAAUUAAUUUUGCCUGAACAUGAAAGCGCAAUGAUGGGAAAUGCUAUCAUUAUUAUUUCGUGUGUGUGUGUGAUCAGCGUGCUACCGUCAAGUCUUUUCCAUUUGCUACCUGCUUAUUUUACGCCGACAUGCAAAGGAAGCUUAAUUCAUGCAUUCAGGCUCGAUUGAGGGCUUGGUGGUCUGGGAGCUGGAGGAAGAUAUUGGCGCAGAGGAUGGAUCGGGGAAUGGUGGUCAGAUUAUGGGAGGCACCCCCGGUUCGGUGGACUUCUUGCCAGACAGCCGCCGUCUUCCGCUGCAGGCUGUCUAUGGUAGAGCGUACAUGCGGGAUAGUUGGGCUGCCUACGUUGAGACGAAGGAGAUGCGACGUAUGGGUCCUGCCGAUCUCCGCUGCCUGCCGCAGCGUCUCCUCGGGAUGCCACUACUGCACAUUGCAUCCCGGCACUCUGAGGCAAGGCGAUACCAGGAUGCCAACAGCCAAUCGACUGAAUCGGCUCUCCUCGCCUGUUCGGGCUGCUGUUCAACCCUCUGGCCCGCCAGGUCUGACGCGGAUCAGAAGGCUGGCUGGCAGCUGCCACACAAGUUGCAUGCUGAUUUCUUUCAGUCCUCUGUCGAAAACUUUAUUCUUAAAUCUAUUCACUGA